CUAAUAGCAGGGAGGCUCUCUGGGUCCGUCAGCGAGUGCUUCGUUGGUUACAAACUAACAAUCAUCAGAAAUUCAAACAAGCUCAGAGAGAGAAGAGAGGGCAAAACGAAGCGAAGAGAGGGAGAGAGGAAUUUUGAGGACGAAGAACCCUUAAAAAGUUGCGGAGAGGGAAAGUUACAAACGGAGCGGAGGUGGGAAGUGAAAGGGAAUAGUAAUGGAGGAGACCGAGAAUCAUAAUAAUUUGGAGGCGGUACCGGAGGAGAUGGAGGUGGACGACGUGGUUGGUUCGAGCCAGACAUUGGAGAGGGUAGCUGCUGCCAAGCUCUUCAUUGAGAACCAUUACAAGUCCCAUAUGAAGCACAUCCAGCAGCGCAAAGAGAGGCGAUCUGAGCUUGAAAAGGUGUUGGCCACAUCCCAUGUUCCUGAGGAGGAGCAAAUCAAUCUACUGAAGAAUUUGGAGCGCCAAGAAACUGAGUAUAUCCGGCUCAAGAGACACAAAAUUUGUGUAGAUGAUUUUGACCUUUUGACUAUAAUCGGCAGAGGAGCUUUUGGAGAGGUUCGAUUAUGCAGGGAGAAAAAGUCAGGAUGCAUUUAUGCCAUGAAAAAAUUGAGGAAGUCAGAAAUGCUCAGCAGAGGACAGGUUGAACAUGUCAAAGCAGAAAGGAAUUUGCUUGCAGAAGUUGCGAGUGACUGCAUUGUGAAACUCUACUACUCGUUCCAAGAUGCUGAUUACUUGUACUUAAUUAUGGAGUAUCUUCCUGGUGGUGAUAUGAUGACAUUAUUAAUGAGGGAGGAGACUUUGACUGAAACUGUUGCCCGGUUUUACAUUGCUCAAAGUGUUUUGGCCUUAGAGUCCAUUCAUAAACAUAACUAUAUACACAGAGAUAUUAAACCUGACAACUUAUUGUUGGACAAACAUGGGCACAUGAAACUCUCCGAUUUUGGUCUCUGUAAGCCUCUAGAUUGCUCAAACUUAUCCACUAUCAAUGAACAUGAAGCUCUUGAUGAUGAGAAUUUGAAGGAAUCAAUGGAUGUGGAUGGACGAUUCCCAAAUGCUGGUGGAAGGCCGUGGAGGAGCCCUAAAGAGCAACUAGAGCACUGGCAGAUAAAUAGGAGAACACUGGCAUAUUCUACAGUUGGCACACCAGAUUAUAUUGCUCCAGAAGUGCUCCUUAAGAAAGGAUAUGGCAUGGAGUGUGAUUGGUGGUCACUAGGAGCCAUAAUGUAUGAGAUGUUGGUUGGUUAUCCUCCAUUCUAUUCCGAUGAUCCAGUAACCACUUGCAGAAAGAUUGUGCAUUGGAGAAAUCACUUAAGAUUUCCAGAGGAUGCAAGGUUGACACCUGAAGCAAAAGAUCUGAUCUGCAGGUUGCUUUGCGAUGUUGAGCACAGGCUUGGUACUCUUGGCGCCUCUCAAGUCAAAGCUCAUCCUUGGUUCAGAGAUGUUGCUUGGGAAAGAGUAUACGAAAUGGAAGCAGCAUUUAAACCAGAGGUCCAUGGUGAACUUGACACUCAGAACUUCAUGAAAUUUGAUGAGGUGGAACCUCCGCCACUAAGAACUGGAUCUGGACCCAUGAGGAAGAGCAUAUGCCUUACAAGUUUCUGCCUCACAGUACCAUAUAACUACACUUCCAUUUUCUGUUUGGAUUCCAACACGACUUUGGUUAAAAAUCGUAGCUUGUCAACUGGAGAACCCUAUUUGAUUCUUGCCAAACCAUAUGAUCUGUGUCGUUGGUUCUCUUGUCAGAUGCUAUUGACUGCUGAGGAUAUGAGUUUUGUGGGAUAUACGUACAAGAACUUCGAUGCUGUCAAAGGUCGUCAUUUAUUUGAUGUGAAGAAGGGCUGUUUACCUCGCCAGACAUCUGCCGACUCUUGUUACAGUGAUCCAGGUGUGGAGUACAGUUCCAAUUCCAAAGACUCCACUGAUAAAAAAGAUGGCAGGAAGUUUGCUUCCUCGGGAGAUCUACUGUCACAAUGAAAAAAAAGAAGAAAUGAAAGAACAAGAAGCAUGUGUUGUUACAAUUGCAACCAGCCAGCCAUACAUUCUCAGAACUCAUCCGUGAAGAUGGCGGCCAUUCCUGGUUUCUUUUUUGGUCAGGAUUAGCCGUGAACCCGAAGCCAUCAAUAAACAUAUCCCGGUGUCAUUACCCCUCGCUUGUGUAAUAUGAGCUCUCUGUGUACAGUAGUAUCACCGGAGCAGCUUUUUUUUUUUUUUUCGUGAUGUUUUGUAGCUACUGAUUACCUAUCUGGGUGUGUAAGUGUAAAAAAGAAAAGAAGUCUGAAACUGAGAGGCCUUAUAUUGAUUGCCCAGGUUGGAAGAUGCAAAAAUCAACUGUUACAUCUCCACCUUGUGGCGGCCAUUUCAUUCAGACUCUCCUUUGCCUCCAUUUUUCUUGGGAGGAAGUAUCGUGAAUCAUGUACUGAGGCUGUAAUAUGGUUUUUACUGUUAGAAUCUGUUCCGACGAAAAGAUCCAGCUGCCUUCGUGCAAUUUAAACCUGCUCAUA